AUGGCCGCCAACUUUGGGCAAAGCUCAGAAGACGCUGUUCUCGAGGAGCGAAGCAGGGUCUUCAAGAAUUUCUUGACCGAGGGCUCUGAACUCUAUAACUACCAGGAUGAAAUUCUGCGGAUGCUUCGCGAGGACAGGACGCGGCUAAUUAUCAAUAUCGACGACCUGCGCGACUUCAACCGCGAAUACGCGAACGGACUCCUCAAACAGCCGACAGAAUAUUUUCCAGCUAUCGAGGAUGCCUUGUCCCAGAUCGUCAAGGACGUUCACAAUACGGAGAAGCACGCGAUUGAAGGCAAAACCUAUCACGUCGGGUUCAGCGGGUCAUUUGGUGACCACCACGUCAGCCCUCGAACCUUGAACUCUGGCCACCUAGGGAAGAUGAUUUGCCUUGAAGGCAUUAUCACAAGAUGUUCCCUUGUACGGCCAAAGAUGCUCAGAUCCGUCCACUACUGCCCGCAAACCCAAAACUUCCAUGCAAGGGAAUACCGCGACGCUACGACUUCAAACUCCAACUUGCCACCGACAACAUCGAUUACCCCUCAAACAGACGAAGAUGGAAAUCCUUUGGAGACCGAGUACGGGUUGUGCACAUUCAGGGAUCAUCAGCGCAUCAGCAUCCAGGAGAUGCCUGAGCGCGCUCCACCAGGCCAACUUCCGCGCAGCACAGACAUCAUCUUAGACGAUGAUCUCGUCGAUAAAUGCAAGCCUGGGGAUCGAAUCCAGCUAGUAGGAGUCUAUCGGAGCGUCGGAGGAGGGGCUAGCGGUGCCUUCAAGUCACUUUUGCUCGCCAACAACAUCAACCUUCUGUCCUCAAAAAUCGGAGGCGGAAUUGCCCAGACACCCCUGACGGAUAUUGACAUCCGUACAAUUAACCAGCUAGCGAAGAAGUCCAACAUCUUCAACUUGCUUUCUGAAUCGCUGGCACCCUCGAUCUUCGGUCACGAACAAAUCAAGCAGGCAAUUCUCCUUCUCUUACUGGGCGGUGCGGAGAAGAACCUACCCAAUGGAACGCACAUUCGUGGUGACAUUAACUUGCUGAUGGUUGGCGAUCCUUCGACUGCCAAAUCGCAACUUUUGCGUUUUGUGUUGGGGACUGCUCCUCUGGCGAUCGCCACUACCGGUCGAGGUAGUUCGGGCGUCGGUUUGACAGCUGCCGUCACUACCGACAAGGAAACAGGCGAACGGCGACUGGAAGCAGGCGCGAUGGUUCUUGCCGACCGUGGAGUUGUUUGCAUCGACGAGUUCGACAAAAUGUCCGACAUCGACAGAGUAGCGAUCCAUGAAGUCAUGGAACAGCAAACGGUCACAAUCGCUAAGGCUGGUAUUCACACUAGCUUAAACGCGCGGUGCAGCGUUGUUGCGGCGGCGAAUCCCAUCUAUGGCCAGUACGACAUUCAUAAAGAUCCCCACAAGAACAUCGCACUUCCCGAUUCUUUGCUUUCUCGAUUCGAUCUUCUCUUCAUCGUAACUGAUGAUGUAGAAGAGACGAAAGACCGCAUGAUCGCAGACCACGUUCUUCGGAUGCAUCGUUACUUGCCCCCUGGCGUUGAAGAAGGGACGCCAUGCCACGACAACCUUUCCCAACCCCUUUCCAUGGAGGGACCCAAUGUGGCCGCCGAGGUUGAGGCGGUGGAGACCAGUCCUUACGAGAAGUUCGACCCUCUGCUUCACAUGGGUUUGGCCCAGGCAGGUCGCGAGCGAGAGACGCGUAGCAGUAAGAAAAAUAAGAAAAAGGAAAUCCUCAGCAUAGCGUUCGUCAAGAAGUACAUCCAGUAUGCCAAGAGCAAGCCGGCCCCUGUCCUCACAAAAGGCGCGGCAGACUACAUCGUCCAGGUCUACGCAACCCUAAGGAACGAAGACAUGGAAGGUACCAAGAAGACUUCACCUUUAACGGCUCGUACACUGGAAACUCUUAUUCGUCUCGCCACCGCGCAUGCAAAAGCUCGAUUGUCAACCAAGGUUGAAGAGCGAGAUGCGAUCAAGGCUGAGGAGAUUAUGCGGUUUGCCUUGUUCAGGCAGGUGCCUAAGCGCCAGCGACGAAAGAAGCGAAAGCUCAACCACGGUGGUGUUCGAAAACGCACGGACGGAGACGCGGAGGGCAGCAGUGACGAGGGAGAGAGCGAAUCGGAGGAUGAGAACGAAAAUGUUGACCAAAGGAUGAGCAUGCCACCCGCUGCUUCUGGCGCUGGUGCGGCUAAAUCCCCUCCUCCCCAAGACCCCAUUUGGGGCGACGAGACCCAAGACGUCACCAUGCACGAAGAAGAGAGCCAGCAGUCUACUGUCGUGGCGUCUACUCCCGCGGAAGGUGGUCAGAAUAAGCAAGAACGACUGCAAUUCUUCCGCUCGAGAAUGGCCCAUGUCUUCAGCACAGUCAUGCAAGACGAAGAAUCCAUGUUCCUCAAGGACAUCCUCACUCAUAUCAAUCAAGGGCUUCCCGCAGAGUCACUGUUUGGCACCGGAGAAGCUACCGAGCUUUGCCAGAUUAUGGGGGAUAAUGAUGAGUUGAUGAUUAGUGAAGGUAUCGUUUACAAAGUGUAA